AUGAAUUUUGGGAACCAGACUCCAACAAUUGUUGUGUUAAAAGAGGGUACAGAUGCUUCUCAGGGAAGAGGGCAGAUUAUAUCGAACAUUAACGCGUGUCUCGCAAUUCAAGACACUCUAAGGCCUACACUUGGUCCCUUGGGCUCUGAUAUUUUGAUUGUGUCAUCCAGUGGGAAGACCACAAUUUCUAACGAUGGUGCAACGAUUUUGAAACUUCUUGACGUGGUGCAUCCGGCCGCUAAGACACUUGUUGAUAUCUCAAGAGCCCAAGACGCAGAAGUCGGAGACGGGACUACAAGUGUGACGAUUCUAGCGGGAGAAUUGAUGAAAGAAGCCAAGCCAUUCUUGGAAGAAGGUAUUUCUUCUCAUAUCAUUAUUAAAGGAUACAGGAAAGCUGUUGAUUUGGCGGUGAACAAGAUAAGAGAAUUGGCUGUUGAUACUUCCGCAGAGAAUGAUAGCAGAAAGAUGUUAGAACACUGUGCCAGAACGGCGAUGUCGUCGAAACUUAUCAGCAGCAAUGCGGACUUUUUCGUGAAAAUGUGCGUCGAUGCGGUUCUGUCGCUAGAUCAACAGCAGCUGGACGACAAGCUUAUCGGUAUCAAAAAAAUUCCUGGUGGUGCGAUGGAAGAUUCUCUGUUCAUAGACGGUGUAGCGUUUGCGAAGACAUUUUCUUACGCAGGAUUUGAACAACAGCCCAAGAAAUUCAAACAUCCAAAGAUUGUAUGCCUGAACGUGGAACUUGAAUUGAAAGCUGAGAAAGACAAUGCGGAAGUACGUGUUGAGCACGUUGAAGAUUACCAGGCGGUGGUCGAUGCGGAAUGGCAAAUCAUUUUGGAUAAACUAAAACAAAUCGAAGAUUCUGGCGCCAACAUAGUGCUCUCAAAAUUGCCUAUUGGAGAUUUGGCAACUCAAUAUUUUGCAGACAGAGACAUUUUCUGUGCAGGCAGAGUGUCUCCAGAAGACUUAGACAGAGUCAUAAAAGCCGUUGGAGGUGUAAUUCAAUCGACGACCUCCGAUAUCCAGCAGCAACAUCUUGGUACUUGCGAGGUGUUUGAGGAAGUUCAGAUUGGGUCUGAGCGUUACAAUCUUUUCCAGGGAUGUCCCCAAGCCAAGACGUGCACACUUUUGCUAAGAGGUGGCGCAGAGCAAGUCAUUGCAGAGGUCGAAAGAUCACUGCAUGACGCUAUCAUGAUCGUCAAAAGAGCUCUUCAAAAUAAACUAGUCGUGGCCGGCGGUGGUGCCAUUGAAAUGGAAGUCUCUAAAUAUUUGAGAGAUUUUUCCAAAACUAUUGCUGGGAAGCAGCAGCUAAUAAUCAAUGCCUUCGCUAAGGCAUUAGAAGUGAUCCCGAGACAACUGUGUGAAAACGCAGGUCUUGACGCUACUGAUGUGUUGAAUAAAUUGAGAAUGGCUCACAGCAGGGGUGAAAAGACUUUUGGUGUCGAUUUUGAAAAUGAAAGCAUUGGCGACAAUUUGGCCAAGUUCGUAUGGGAGCCCGCGCUUGUGAAGAUCAAUGCACUCAAUAGUGCCACGGAAGCUACAAAUCUUAUCCUUUCUGUGGAUGAAACUAUCAAAAAUAAAGAGAGUCAACCUGCUAACGCUGGCAUGGCCCCACCGCCAGGCAGGGGCAGAGGAAUGCCAAUGUAA